ACAGUGCUCAUUGAGGCUGCACGCUGUGGAAACGUUCAACUAAGACGAAGUUUUUAUUCAGCACAGUAAUCACUCGGUUAUAUUGUUACGAUGAAGUAAAAUUAUUUGGAGAGAACGUUACAAUAUAGUGAAAUUUUCCCAACAUUUCUGGUGUGAUGAUUUUCCUUGAAGGCUUUUUGGGGUGCGGUUCACGUAUGUGACGCAUUCCCGCCUUGUGCUCUGGCAUUGGGGAGCAGGCUAGCGCUGGACCAGGGGCCCUCUUUAGUUAUAUCACUUGGUCAUGCUUUUAUUCUGCUCUGACUGGCCGAUGCAGUUAUGGAUGGGAACAAACAAACUUUUGGUGGACAGGUGAAAUCAUUUGCUGCUUCAGAAAAAUCAUUUUCUUUGAUCGAAAAGCAAUAGCAUCACGGCUGCUCUGUCAGAGCUGCAGUGAGAUGGUGAUUGUGAUGAAUAUUUCUAAAUGUUUCGGUUGUGUCGUAGUCUCCAAUUAAUCUGAUCUGCCUUGCAUAUGGUGAUUUGGAGCGAUGCCGGCAACUUGCAAGGUGGCGACGAAUGAAGCAAUGGACCCGAGCAUAGUGGGAACCUCGGCUUUUAACUUGCCCCACAACGUGACCCACCGGACUAAGGAGAAGAACCCAAACACGAAAGAUCAAGUGACACCUGUGGACAUCCUCUGGAUCAAGGGCCGUGAUGGUGGCAACUACUACUACGCCUUCGGUGGCAACCACAGAUUCGAGGCACACUACAGACUUGGCCUCGCAACCAUUCGGGCCAAGCUGAUUCCAUCAGUACCUGCAUCACUUUUGCCAUACCUCGGAGGGUCAGCGCCAGAUCUCUAGUGAUUAUAGUGGUGCCCAUUGUUGGACAGUCUCAUGGUACAACAAGCAUUUCAUUAGCUACUAACCUCGAAUCGUACCUGAUUGACAUUGGUGACUCAGCCACUACUCCAUUUGUACAAGAGAGAGAGAGAGAAAUAAUUAAAGAAAUGUAGGGAUAUUCAAACCCUAUACGUGGGUUUUUAAACAUUUUUUAUGCAGUUUAAUAUAUUUUUGUAUGUUUCUAUGGAGCGGAAGAAGACAUAAACUCCGGAAUUCUAGGGUGCGUGGUCUUCUAGUACAUCAGCCCAGAAAGCCACACAAGUCCUUUUACAAUUCUUGAGAGCAACAUCACUGAGCGACUACCUGUGAAAGCCUGCACUCUGUGUACAGUGUCUUCAUAGUGUGCAAUGCCCAUCUCCUCUUCUCUCUUUCAUUUGUUCAAAGCUCACAUUGACAUAAUCAUCUGUGUGUACAGCAUCCAAUCAAUAAAAAAUUUAUGUAAAUGCAAAA